AUGUUGUUUACCUCCUUACCUCCCUCUCUCCCUCUCUCCCUCUCUCCCUCACAGACACCCACCACUUCCUCACUCCAUCGCUCAGCUUUAAUAACACUCAUUCUUUACAGCUUCCAGUUUCUGUUGGCUCUGCCGCUAGCAGCCUUCAUUUCCGCCAGCGCUGAGUUCGCACCUCUUCGCGGUGCUGGCGACAAGUAUCCCUACCACUCCGGUAGGGAGAAACUAAGACGAACUCCAACCCCCCAAGCGUUCACACCAUCCCAUUUCUUCGGAUUGGCUACAGGAACAGUUACAAGCGACGAGCACUACGUGACGAUUGAUCGUAACCAGCUCACCCUCGGAUCAAGGUUCUCUCUCCAUCAGCAACUCCGUCACUUAAUGGCGACAGAAGCUAGCUUUAAUACAUAUCGCCUUUUCAUCGAGUCUAGCUAUCGCCGCGAGAACAUUGCCAAUCAAACCUCUCGUAUACAAUACCUUACCCAUUCUACACGCUCAAUUAACAUCACCAUCUCCUCCGGCCUAGAUGUCACCGAGACAGGCAAUACAGCGCCUGGUCAAGAUAUCGUGUUGAAGGCGACUCACUACAUUGUUGGUGUUCUGCCCAUCUCUUCACACGACAUCGGUCUACAACCAGAUCUCCGCAUUUCCGCACGUCACUUGCUAGAGUGACCACCCGUACAUGGUCACCGUACCUGUAUGCGACGUCAUAUCUCACCCAAGUCAUCCGUUUGGACCGAGUGCCUCGUUCACUCUUUGAUUUUCAAUGCAAUCCUGUAUUCUGACUUGGGACUCCUAGUACUUGUACACGGUUGAAUCUCACCCCGGCCAUUAUUUAACCGAGUGCAUAGUUCACUCGUUUGCCUUUGAAACUUCACCU